AGACCCAUCAAUGGGGAUCUCCGACCGCAGUCUAGAUCUUACUUUCUUCCCUGAAGCACAAUUCGGUUCUGAAUCCAAACCAAUUUGAAAAAGGGGGUGGUGACAUUUCCAGUGGAAAGUGCAAAGUGCGUGAUCUCUAUAAAGAUGAAGUUACUGAUUUUAUCAGCGCUCCUAGCUUCGGCCUGCGCUUUUCCGCAGCGCAACAAUGACUACGACCAUCACCAACAGCAUCAACAGCAACACCAACCACAACAGCAACAACAGCACCAACACCAGCAAAACAUCGAAAAGCGCACUCAAGAGACCACCACUUGGAUUCCGAUUCUGAAAUACAACAAGGAACAGGGCGAAGAUGGCAGCUAUAAAACCGAGUAUCAAACCGGUAACAACAUUGUCCACGAAGAAUCCGGCUACCUUAAGGACUUCUCUGAUGCCCACCCGAACGGAGUGCUCGUUCAGCAGGGUGCCUACUCGUACGAAGCUCCCGACGGACAGAUCAUCCACGUGCAGUACACCGCCGACGAGAAGGGAUUCCGUGUGACCGGAGACCAUCUGCCAACCGAACCACCAAUCCCGGAAGGUAUCCGCAAGGGUCUGGAGGAGAUCUACGCCGGAAUCAAGCGUCGCGAGCAGGAAGCCAAGUCUAACCCGAAGUACGCGGAAACGGCUGCUCAGCGAGCGGAACUUGACUACAACGGCCAAUACUACCAUCAGUGAGCGCGGAACGCGGCGGCGAGACUUAGGAUAUUCGUGUGUGUAUUUAUAUUAGGAUAAACCGAAGCGCUGACAUCAGGCUUCCUAGCUUAAUGAUGAUAUCUUUGUUGAACCUGAACUUCUUGCUAUGGCUCGCGGUAUCAAAUGAUGGCUGCGAGAACGACUUAUCUGAAAAGAAGACUGUGAUUUCCUUUCUCUAGCGUUUAGCGUAAACGCAAAGAAUGGCUUAUCCACAAGCGAUGGAAUAAACUUUACUUUAUUAUUGAAA